UUGCCAAAAAAAAAGAGAAACAAAUUCUUAAGCCUUGAAUAAUCCAUGGAUACUCUUGAUAGCUCCACUCCUUUCUCUCAUCUUAUAUGCCCACAAGAACGAUAUGAUAUCGAUAAAAAUCGCAAAGUGAUAAAAGUCCGUGGGCAAACCUAUCACGAAAUCAGCAGUUCAUAUAUAGGUGAUGACGCUGAAGACAAAAAGUCCAGUCAUUUUCGUCGUCAUUCCUUGUUCCGUUGGAACGAAAAAGACAAAUUAGAUUAUCACUUAAUUUGUUUUUCUUGUCGGAAAAACCUAAUAGUAGGUAACCCCUAUUACUUCCAUUGUAAUUAUUGCUCAUACAACUACCACAAAGAAUGUGUUGAGUCUCCCUCUUUAUUGUUUUCCCUUUAUCACCCAAAACAUUUUCUUCAGCUUCUCUGGCUUCCUGAAAUUAUCAGUAUCGAAAAAAUACAAUGUCAUUCUUGUGGAGAUACACAAUGCCAUUCAUUAUACUACUGUUCUAUUUGUGAAUUUAUGAUCCAUCCUUUAUGCGCAAAAGCCCCAAAACCCAAACAUCCCACUACUAUAUACAAUCGAAAAAGACAUAUUCAUACCCUCCAUUACUUUCCAAGGAGAUCCACUUUAGUUUGCAAUGUCUGUGGGCUGGAAGACAACAAUAAUAGUUUAUAUGUAUGUCUCCCAUGCGAUUUCGUUGUCCAUCAGAAGUGUGUCUACUUACCUUAUGUUAUAAAAGUAUCUCGUCAUAUUCAUCGUCUCAAUUUUACUCGUACUCUUCCUUACAAGGAGUUGACAAAUUGUGGAGUUUGUCAUGCAAAAAUAAACAAAAAUUACGGGGAAUAUUCUUGCAUAAAAGGAUGCACUUAUGCAAUUCAUUCCAAAUGUGCAAUGCGAAAAGAUAUGUGUGAUAGAAAAGAAUAUGAAGGAGAACCUGAAGAAGCAUAUGAAGAUACUGAAAUGUGGGAGGAAGUAAGUGUUGGAAUUAUAAGGCAUUUCAGUCAUCAAGACCAUCAAAUGCGACUUGACAAGAUGAUCGAAAGAGUGAAUGGCAAAACCAAGCAUUGUCAAGCAUGCACACUUCCUUUGUAUGUUGAUGGUAAUGUGUAUCAAUGCAUGCAAUGUGAUUUUAUCCUCCAUGAAUCAUGUGCACAUAUUCCCCGUCUAAAACAAUUCAUACUACAUAUCCAUCCAAUGGUGCUGAAAUGCGGUGAAAGGUGGUUCUCAUGUAAAAAAUGUUGUCGUAUUUCAUGUGGUUUCAAAUACGCGUGUACUAUCCCAGGGUGCGAUUGGGUGUUAGACACACUUUGUGCUUCUGUACAUGAGCCGUUUGAUCAUCACUCUCAUUCACAUCCUUUGUUCAUAACGUCUAAACAAAACACAUUCAAAGCGUGUUCCAUAUGUCAAUCAGAGACGCAACAACCUUUAGAUUGUCUUCAAUGCAAUUUUUCUUUGUGUUUUCAUUGCGCCACACUUCCACACAAGACGAGUGAUAUCGCUCCGAUGAAAGGAUUAUAUGCAUGCAAUGAUUGUGGGAUUACAGUCCAUAUCGAAUGUUUGCUAGGAAGAGAUCCAUAUUUGAAGCCUGGACAAAUUCUGCCUAGCUGGAGAGGAAUGAUCUAUGUCCGUCCCAACACUCAUUCAACUCGGCCUAUAUGUCAAAGUUGUGGAAGACUAUGCUCAUGCAAAACAUGGUUAGAAAUCCGUGGUGAGCGCGCAAUAUGUUCCUUUGGCUGCCACUAUCGCGUUUCUUAAAAGUUAACUUUCUAGAGUAUUAAGAAAUCUUGAAGCAACGUGAUUAUUCUGGAGUUUAGCGGCUGUAAUUCUGUAAACUAAAUUAACUAAUCUACAUCAAACCUGUAUCAGAAUUUGUUAUUUGUUCUUUUCAGUUGCUUAUAUUUCAUUGGUUAUACGAAAGAAGAUGUAUCUUUAAUGAAUAAAUAUAAUAACCGGUAUAUGCUUUUAAACA